UGUUGUUUUGUGUUCGGUGAGCGGUGGUACCUGCCCCCCCCCCCCUUUCUAUGUUGUCAAUCUUCUAACUAUAUUCCGUUAUUUUUUUUCAAUUAGUAUAUACCUUUUCCAAACUAACAUGUCUUCUUUUGCGCCGUCUUCCAAGAAAGCGCGCAUAACUUCAAACAAUGGAGCUCAAAAUGGCGAGUUUUUCACAGGGAUAUCUAAGAUAAAAUACAAGCCUGAUGCUGGUGCAACUGAUGUUUUGUGCUUCAAGCACUACAACCCCACAGAGGUUGUAUUUGGAAAAACAAUGGAGGAAUGGUGUCGCUUUUCUGUGUGCUACUGGCAUACAUUUAGAGGAACAGGUGCAGAUCCAUUUGGUUUCCCAACCUUGACCCGACCUUGGGAUGAUGGCUCUAACAGCUUGGAAAAUGCCAAGAGGAGGCUGAGAGCAGCUUUUGAAUUCUUUACAAAACUUGGAGUGAAGUACUGGACUUUUCAUGACAGAGAUGUUGCUCCAGAGGGGGAAACCCUUGCUGAGACUAAUGCCAAUCUGGACGAGAUCACAGAUCUUGCCUUACAGCUUCAAAAUGAGACAGGUGUGAAGUUACUUUGGGCAACAUGCAACCUCUUUGCCAACCCAAGAUACAUGAAUGGAGCAGCAAGUAAUCCUGAUGCUCAUGUGUUGGCAUAUGCUGCGGCCCAAGUGAAGAAAGGCUUAGAAAUUGCCAAGAAGCUCGGAGCUGUUAAUUUUGUGUUCUGGGGUGGCAGAGAGGGAUACCACACUCUACUCAACACAGAUAUCAAGAGAGAGCUGGACCACAUGGCAAGCUUCUUUAAGAUGGUUGUGGCUUACAAAGAGAAGAUAGGAUUUACCGGCCAGCUGUUGAUUGAGCCAAAGCCUAAAGAACCAACGAGACACCAGUAUGACUAUGAUGCCCAAACUGUUAUUGGAUUUUUGAAGACAUACGGACUGGACCACCAUUUCAAGUUGAAUAUCGAGCCAAACCACACAACCUUGGCUGGACACAGCUAUGAGCAUGACAUUGUCCUAGCAUCCAAGGUGGGUAUGCUGGGCUCAAUUGACGCAAACACAGGAUCUCCAGAUCUGGGAUGGGACACUGACCAAUUCCCUAUGAAUGUCAAGAAUUGCAUGUUCAUCAUGAAGGCUAUCAUUGAGCAGGGGGGGCUCGCACCUGGAGGGCUUAACUUUGAUUGCAAGGUCCGCCGGGAAUCCACAGACAUAGAGGAUAUGUUCAUAUCACACAUAGGUGCCAUGGAUACUUUAGCACGAGCGUUGAGAUGCGCUGCUACGUUGAUUGAAGAGGGGAAAAUGUCAGGACUUGUCAAGGAGAGGUAUUCAAGCUUCGACUCUGGCAUUGGCUCUAAAAUCGAGAAAGGACUUGCUACACUUGAAGAGCUCGAGAACUUCGUAAUGGCGAAUGGUGAGCCGCAGCUUUUGUCCGGAAAACAAGAGAAAUACGAAUCCAUUCUGAAUCACUAUGUUUAAAAAGCUGACCUUCCUUUUUAACGAAGUAAAAAGAGAAAAAGCACGA